CACCCUUUCCCCUCUCUCCUUCCCACGGCGACUUUUUCCUCAGCUCUCCUUUAACUUUUACCAAGUUAAUGGCGGUGGAAGUCAGUGCCUGAGCGUAGUUUUCGCUCUUUUUUUGUCUCUUUCUCGUCUCGCCGGUGUGUCCUGAGUGAGUGGCCGGAGAAAUGUUCACCACCACCGGGUCGAGAGGGCUGUAUAAAGCUCCUCUGUCCAAGAGCCUGCUGCUGCUGCCUGGUGCCCUCACUGUGCUGCUGAUACUGGGCCUGCCUCAGUACCAGAAACUGUUCGUUUACAGCCUUCAGGCUGUGAAACAGCACAAACAGGUCUGGAGGCUGGUCAGUGGGAGGCUGAUCUGUCUGGACGUGAAGGAUACCUUCUGCAGCAGUUUGCUCAUCUACAACUUCCGCAUAUUCGAGAGAAGGUUUGGCAGUCGUAAAUUUGCAUCCUUCUUGUUUGGAACCUGGGUUCUCUCUGGAUUACUGGACUUCCUUUUGGCUGAGACCCUUCAGUUCUUCUUUGAACUUCAGGUGGAAGUGCUGCCAGCAGGACUGCUGGGUCCGGUCUUUGCUCUCUUUGUGCCUUUCUUCUGUUCCAUCCCUCGUGUUCAGGUCACUCAGCUGCUGGGCUACAUCUCAAUCACCAACAAAUCGCUCGUCUACAUCGUGGGCCUGCAGUUGCUGACCUCUAGCGCGUAUAUGUGGCUUGUUGCUCUUAGUGGAUUGAUCUCUGGCCUGCUCUACUAUAACAACACGCUAGCAGUGCAGCAGUUUCUCCAGGUUCCCAGAUGGCUAGCUCACUGUUGCUCUGUCAUCCUGGAGCCUCUUUUCUCGGGCACAGAGCCACGAGCCGAGGCUCCAGUGGGCAUGGGGGCCACACUGGACAUCCAGCGACAACAGCGCAUGGACAUGCUGGACCAACAGCUGCUGCUCUCCCAAUUGGCCCAGUUCAGGAGGAACGCACAGCAGCAGCCGCAGGAGGGAGGGCUGCUGAACUGGAACAGAUUUUUUCCUGGUCUGAGACACAGAGGUCAAAAUCGACCCCACGUGCAGCCACACCCACAACAGCCCCCUCAGCCUCACCCACCUGACACUCCAGUGGCUGAGGAACAGGUUGCUAGACUGAUGGAGAUGGGUUUCUCCAGAGUGGACGCCCAGGAAGCUCUGAGAGCGUCCAACAACGACAUCAACAUAGCCACUAACUUUCUGCUUCAGCACUGAGGCCAUUGCUUGAGGGAGUAGAGGGAGGAGGAAAGGAGCGGAGCUACAUCAACUAGAAAACACGUACAAAAACCUCGUGCAGAAAACCGCACCGACACGUAAGGCGCCGGUGCCACGACCACAGUUGUGUGGGGAAGUUUAGGGUGGAAGAAGGGAUGAACGGAAGGACUGGACUGGUUUGUAACUCUAAGGAGCCUGUGAUGUCACUUCCUCUCAAUAUGAUUGGAUGAUGCGGAGCUGCUGGAGUUGCUAAAACUGCUUUUUCCAGCAUACUUCCAUGUUUUCUCGGUGCGACUUCUGCCAAGAGUGGCACCAAGUUGACGUUGGAGGUUAGCACAUGGUUAUCUCAGGGCUUUCUCUGGCCUCGUCUUCUCCCGGUUUUUGCCAGGACUGCAGUACACUCCUUCUCAAUAAGCCCAUAUACUCAUGACAAUUGCAAAGCAAUGUGAUGGAAUUAGUUUGUCAUACCCUGUGCUUGUUUGUGGGCAGUAUUUUACAAAGCAGGAUUUCUCAGUAAGAUGAAUGACCUGGCAACCUGGCAAAAGUGAGGAUGAUCCUAUAGGACUUUUGGUUCAACCUGUAGAAACUAAAAGUUAUUUUUGUGUUGCUGUGUUAUUUAAAUACAAUUUCAUAUUAUUUCUGUCUGGGGAAAAAACUAAAUUACAUAUAGUACAUAUAUAAUUAUCUAGCGAGUAACAAUAAUUUACAUUUACAUUUAUUUUAAAUUCUGUAAAUUGAAUAUUCUCUAUUUUCAUCAAAUUUAAUCAUCUAGUCUUUUACUCCUAAACACACACAUGGUAUGGAUUUCAGUUCAGAAUCUGCACUUUUAACAGGCUUCCAAUGCUUGAGUGCUUGUUAUAGUGAGCUAUGAGUGUAAAAAGUUUUUGUUAUUGAUGGUAAUCUUUGACUUACAAGGUUUAAAUCUGGUUAACUGAGGAAUCUUCUUUUGUGAAAUACUCUCUGAUUUUGGACUUUUGAACAGAUGUUGUCCACCGAAGAGCCUGUUUGGUGAAGGCUUUGACUCAAAGUUUGUGUAACUAGCAUAACGCAUGUAGCUCAAGGCAAAAGCUAUAAGCCUCAACAUUUCAUUAAGCCUGAAGUGGUAGAAGGGAAUUCCACUUAUUUCUGCAUAAUUCAGUUGUUGAGAUGUAAACAAAGCCAUCUAAAGUGGUUGGAUGUGAAAUGGUUCAUUGUGGACAAACUUAAAGACUCAGAUUUCUUUGCAGUGUUGUUGAUGGGAAC